UCCCCUGUCGCUCGGCUUCUCAGCCAAGCAGAUAAAGAGCCUUCUUUUUCGCCUUCUCGCGAUUCGCGAUCCCUAAAUCUAGGGCUUCUCACUUCAGGAUCUUCGUUCAUCCUUAUCACAAUCAAGCGCUGCAAAAUGGAUGGUUCAUAUAGCUUUUGGCAAUUGGGAGAUGAGCUGCGUGGUCAGAUGAAAGUCUCUGAGGAUCAUAAAUGGUUAUGGGCUGCAUCUAAACUGGCUGAGCAGACAAGAUUGAAGGGAGAGCGUCUGAAUAACCUUGAUUUUUCAAAGAGCUCUCUCGAUGCAAGGCCAAGAGAAAAGUUCGGUUUUCAGGAAGAUAACAAAUUCGAAAGCUUCAAUUUUAACAUGUUGAGCUUGGAUUCGAAAACGAACGAUACGGUUAACAAAAAUCCAUUGAGGAAUGAGAUUUACAACAUGAGUGCAGUUUAUGGCAAGAACAAUACAAAUGUUGCAGGAAGCCUACAUGGUACCAAGUACAGUAGCAAUGACUUCGUCAACAAAGAUCUUACCAAUUACAGCAGCUCCAACAAUAAUGUUGGUGAAAACGCUAACUCAGUGAAUUCGAUUGACAAAAGGUUCAAGACACUGCCAGCGACCGAAACACUGCCCAGAAAUGAAGUACUCGGUGGAUACAUCUUUGUCUGUAACAACGAUACCAUGCAGGAAGAUUUGAAGCGACAACUUUUUGGUUUGCCUCCGAGAUAUCGGGACUCCGUGCGUGCAAUAACACCAGGGUUGCCUCUGUUUCUCUAUAACUACACUACCCAUCAAUUACAUGGCAUUUUUGAGGCAGCAAGUUUUGGAGGUUCCAACAUUGACCCAACUGCUUGGGAAGACAAGAAAUGUAAGGGCGAAUCCAGGUUCCCUGCUCAGGUUAAGAUCCGUAUCAGAAAGCUCUGCAGAGCAUUAGAAGAAGAUUCAUUCAGGCCAGUCUUGCACCACUACGACGGUCCCAAAUUCCGCCUCGAACUAUCUAUCCCAGAGACAUUGGAUCUUCUAGACCUGUGCGAACAGGCUGGUUCUGCAUCGUAAAGCACCCAUGGCGGGCUUACGUAUCGAAAUAACGAAUGAAGAGGGCUCAAUGGUUCCGGUCAGCAAAGGCUAAGACACAGAUUUUCCAACGAGCGCAAGCUUAGGAUGAGUCUGAUAAGGCGAGAGUAGCGAGUUCAACGAGUCGAGGCGGAAGCCAAAAUAAGCAAGGGAAGAAAAGAAAAGAAAAAACUUGUAUCUUCUUGUAUUGUUGUUGUAUUGUAUCAGACAAGGUGAGCUGAUAAUGUACUAGUGAAUGGUAGAGCUUUAUAUA